AUGAAACAAACAGAUAUCAUCAAUGACAUGGUGUCUAACGGCUUAUUAAAUGCUACACCAACCAAUCAAACUCUAACUUCUUUGGAGGAGCCAGCUGGAUGGUACGCACAAUUAGAAUCGAUAAUUUCAUCGUCUGCUACAUCUAUCGAGGACUCCCCACAUUAUACAACCAAUAUGGAUAACAUAGGAAGUCAAAGAACCUUUCGUAAUAAUUUAAAUGGUAAGGUAAACACAAACCUUAAUAAUUAUAACAGUGGUUCUACCGUUCAAGAACCAAUAGAAAUAUCAACAGAAAAUGUUGAUUCGAUGAAUAUUAAAACUGAGGAUGAGCAGUCUUUAAUGGUUGAAGAUAUAUAUGAUAGAUCAAGUAGUACAUCCUCAGCAAAUUCUUCAAAUCCAAAGACCGCCAAGGUUGGGACUACUAAAAAAAAUAGAAAGAAGCUAACUAGUGAUCAGAAGGUUGCUCACAAUAAAAUUGAGAAGAGGUAUAGAAUAAAUAUUAAUACAAAGAUUGCUAAACUUCAACAAAUAAUUCCAUGGGUUGCUGCUAACGAUACAGCUUUCGAAGUCAGUAAUAUAAUGAAUAGCAGUAGAUCCAAUUCAAUUGCUGGAGGUAGAUGUAAUGCUAAAGUGAACAAGAGUAAAAUCCUGGAUAAAGCUGUCGACUACAUCCAAUAUUUACAAGAUAAUGAACAUUUAUUUCUUAAUGAGAUACAAAAACUAAGAGAGGAAAAUGGUAAGUUGAAAGCUACUUUGGCGACACAAUUAGAUAGUUCAAACUGUUUUAACGCUUAA